UAGUAUUUAAGAUCGUUUGGGUCGGGGCGAUGGCUUUGCGGGACGGGUCAAGUCUGGCUUGACGGUGGGAACUCAGAAAUUGAGGGGAGCGAGGUCGACAAUGGACGCCACUACCACCGGAGGCCACCCACCGUCGAAAAAGAAGAGGAGCACAAGACAUCGGACCACUAUCUAUGCCCUCAGCCACGACAUUCUCUCUACUCUGUUCUCUUUCCUCGACCUCCUCGACCUCGUUCGCUGCUCUGCCGUCUGCAAAUCCUGGAAUAUAAUUAUUUCCAAAUCCAAGUUACUGCAAACACUUUACUGCAAGCAACAGAAGAAUUCUGGCAGUACUUUCGAUUUGUCUACCAGUUCAGAAAGAUUAUUGAACUUACAUCUGCAGAAGCUGGCUAUGGAUUGCCAUAGGUUCUCCAUGCAAGAAGGUCCCAUCAAUGUUUUUCAGUGGAAAGGUCAUUCAGUUGGGGUUGACCAGUGUCGAAUGAAGACAGGAUUGAUUCUUACUGGUGUAGGUGAUAAGGUUAUGCGGCUUUGGUCAGCGGAAAACUACAAAUGUUUGGAUGAAUUUUCCCUCCCAGAUAGAGCUCCUCUAGUUGAUUUUGAUUUCGACGAGAGCAAGGUUGUUGGUUUGGUUGGGACUCGUAUAUGCAUAUGGAGGCGAAAUGGGAAAAGAAAUAUAUUUUCCUCACGUGAAGGCCUAUUUACAAGGGGUUUAUGUAUGCGUUAUGUAGAUCCAGAGGCUGUGGUUGGAUGCGAGGAUGGGACAGUUCGAUUAUUUGACAUGUAUAGUCGGAAAUGUUCUCAAAUCAUAAAGAUGCAUGCUGGCCCUGUGACAUGCUUAGGUUUAAGUGAUGAUCAAUUGAUUGUCUGCGGUUCCUCUCUUGGUAGUGUGUCGCUGUCAGAUCUUUCCUCUGAUCAGCGGGUAGCUGCAUUAAGGUCAACCAAUUCUGGAGGCGUAAGGACCUUGUGUUUCAACCCUAGUUCACAUUUAGUCUUUGCUGGAUCAACUGCAGGAUAUGUAUCUUGUUGGGACCUUAGGACAAUGAGGACUUUAUGGAAUACCCGAGUGAGUCCAAAUGUUAUAUAUUCUAUGCAUCACUUGCGAAGUGACAAAUCAACAUUAGUUGUGGGUGGAAUAGAUGGUGUGUUACGAUUCUUGGACCAGGACUCAGGUGAGGUUUUUUCAAGGUGCAUUAUGAAUGAAAGCAGCAGCAGCAUAUCAAACUCCUCGAGAGAUUCAUAUGGAGUCAUCGAAGUAAAGAAAGCAAGAAGGCUCUCAGAAGAUACUCGCAUUGAUCUCAUUCCUAAAACUUCUCGACCUUCUGUAAGAUGCUUGGCUGUUGGAAUGCAAAAGGUCGUCACAACACACAAUGAGAAAUAUAUCAGAGUAUGGAAAUUCAACAGAUAACCGAAUGUUUCUUUUCUAAAGCAGAUAUUUUGAUCUUUGAAGUGUUGAACAAAAUAUGGGAAUAACAAAAAUAGGUUCAGACAUUGUAGAAGCAUGAUGGUUUCCAACAAUAUUUAAGUGAUUGUUAGUUUUCAAAGUAGUUUGAUGUAUUUCAUAUUUAUGUAUGUGUUGUACUCUUACCUAUUUAUUAUGAUCUUUUCAAGACUAGAUCAAUAAAAUUCAGAUUAUUCAUCUUGCCUUCAAGGCAUUAGGGGGAGGUGUAGCUUAGUGAUUUUUUCAAGAAUGAAUUGUUUUUACAGCUUUUGUCACAAUUGAUGGUAAGUGAAUAAAUGUGUCUUUCUAUUUCAUUCCA